AUGUCAACAGACGCAGCAGAGAAGACAGCGCCACAGCCACGGUCCGCGAACAACGGCAACGUUACUAAGCGGCUACAGACCGAGCUUAUGACCCUCAUGAUGUCGCCCACCCCCGGCAUCUCCGCCUUCCCCAACGACGACCUGCUCAACUGGACCGCGACCAUCUCCGGCCCUGACGGCACGCCCUAUGCCAAUCUCACCUUCAAGCUCUCCUUUGAGUUCCCGGCAAACUACCCAUACGCGCCGCCGACUGUGCUGUUCAAGACGCCGAUAUAUCACCCGAACAUCGACUUCUCCGGCCGCAUCUGCCUCGACAUCCUCAAGGAUAAGUGGAGCGCCAUCUACAACGUGCAGAGCGUGUUGCUCAGCUUGCAGAGCUUGCUGGGAGAGCCGAACAAUGCAAGCCCACUGAAUGGACAGGCUGCGGAGCUCUGGGACAAGGACCCCGUGGAGUACAAAAAACUGGUGCUUGCCCGCCACAAAGACCUUGCGGAUGAGGAGCUAGCAGGCCUCUAA